GAUAACAAGGACAUGGAUACAGUUUUCAAUAUAUAAGCACUAUUUAAUUGGUCUAAAGCAUUUAUGACAGCUAAUCAGGCUUAGUAAAUCUGGGUCAACUCUCGUGUGUACACUUCACCAUCGCUCCAUCGCCCUUACGUCUACUUUGCUUUACUUUACUUGUUCUUUGGACUCAUUCAUGUCAAUCAAGCAGACAGGUGAGUGUUCCAUUUCAAACUUACACUUGAGAAUUUGCUGAUGUGGUUCGCCUGGUCCAGGAUGCAGACCUUGACCCAGCAUGUCCCCUUCCCUCGGGCCGCUUACUCCCAAGCCCGGGAAAACCUGGUGAAGGCCAUCCCGCCCAAACUCCUCUGCUUGCUGGCCUGCGGGGGACUAGACUGUCGUUACGAAGGACCAGAGUGUUGGAAAACGAGCCAGCAGGUCAUCCGUGGCGUUUUCUCCUCAUGGGUGACUGAUGACAUCAUCGCUAUGGCACGCCCGUCCACAAGAUUGAUUGAAAAGUUCAACAUUAUAGAACAAUUUCAGAGAUUAAAUAUAAGAUCCAUCAUAAACAUGCAAGUACCUGGCGAGCAUGCGCACUGUGGACCCCCUUUGGACCCUGGAAGUGGCUUCACAUACCUGCCGCAGAUCUUCAUGGAGAAUGACAUUUAUUUCUACAACUUUGGGAUGCCAGAUUUCGGCGUGUCCUCCCUCGUCGGCAUCGUCGAUGGCGUAAAGGUGUUGGCCUUCGCUGCGGGGGAGGGAAGGGUCGCUGUGCACUGCCAUGCCGGUCUGGGCAGAACAGGUGUCCUAAUAGCCUGCUACUUAGUCUACACUUUGCGGAUCAGUCCCAGUGAGGCCGUGCACUACGUCCGCAUCAAAAGGCCGCGCUCCAUCCAAACGCGAGCGCAGAUCAGUCAGGUGUUUGACUUUGCCCGCCUGCUUGGUACGCAACUGCUUCAGUACCCGGACCUUGGCUUACGACACGGAGCCCCGGUCACCCUGCAGCACUACCUCAACCGCCAGGCUCUACUGCUGCACGGCCAGGAGGCACGCAAGCUCAAGUACACACCCAAGGUGAUCUACCUCCUGUGUGUGCGCCUCUCCUGCCUGGCUCUGGCGCUCCCUACAGCUCCAGAGAUUGAUGCUGAAUUAGAGAAGAGGUCUGCACUGAGGAUCUUGAGCAGGACCGUGAGGGAAACGCUGGUGUCCAAACAGCACCUGCCUUUGCUGAGGGAGCGUCACAAUAUCCCACGGCCUGGCUCGGGCUCCGUGUCCUCUUGGGAUGAGCCCCUGGGAUUCUCAGAGAGUAAGAGAGAUUUGCUGCUCAACAAACGCAGCUACAGCGACUCUGACCUCGGCGGGAUUGCGGAUCUGAGGACGAGUCGACACAGUGCUCCUACUUUUGAGAAUGAGGGUCACUGGUGUGCACAGGAUGUGAAGGGACCCGAUCGGAGACCAUUUAGCUCCAGGACACUUUUACUAGAUAAGAUCCACAAGAACCAAUCUCACACACGCAAUAUGCAACCAAACGGCACCUUUACCAAGAGGUCAAAGUGCACGGUCAGAAAGGCUCUACCCAAAUCUAGCUCCACCACUGAGUUGUGCAGGAACUGGCAUGAUGCGGGCACAACCCGCAUGGCCCGCGCCAUUGCCAACGCCAUGGCGGACCACGCUCCACCAGGACAAGCUGUUCUGCAACGAUCGUCUCUGCUGCAGGAGGAGAUGAACAGUAGUCAAGGUGGCUGGGCUCUCAUGGUGACGGAAUGGGAUCCUCAUGUUCUGGCCUGUCUGCUGUGGACCUGGCUGGAGAAGCUCAAGGAGCCUGUUCUUAGUGUUGAAGAUAUCGCCAAGUUAUCUUGUGCAGGAAGCAACAAGCCCCUUGGAGUGCUCAAUAAGUCCCAGAAACACACCAUUUAUUGUUUGUUGAGCUGUGUGAGCACAGUGACCCACCUGUGUCCACACAGAGAAGAUGCGGUGUUACAGCGGCUGAUACAGGCGCUAACAAAGAUAAUGCCUGAUGAAGAGCCCUGGGUUGGAUCAUGGAGGCCCCACAGACCGCGAGGGCCCAUAGCUGCUCUCUAUGGCAGCCCGGGCCCAAAGUAUGCCCUGCCUUCACUGACAGGAUCCAGUAAACACGAUCCAACAAAAAACAAAGCACCCAGUUACAGUUUUCGGGCCAGUUACGACAUAACCAAACAGGACAUCUCGCCCGGACCCAAACACCUCAUCCCCUCAAAUAUUACCAAAAAUGGCCGAGACGGAGCCCGGGCCUUUUCAUUCGGCAGCCGUCCCAAAGACUUGGCACGUUUCCAAGUCCCUGCCCCCAAUCGCUAUCACCUGGAAAAUGCAGACAAGUACACCUACAACUCUUCGCCUUCUUACACCUUGUCCGGGAGGUGGAAAGAAGUCAUACUCAGCAACCAGACCACGCCCGGCCCAGCCUCCAACAGCCUGCCUCCAGUCAUCGGUCCUAAGACCGUCAAUAUCGCCGCAGCGCCCGCACACUCGCUUUACGGCCGCAGCAAAAACGGAAACUUUUUCGAAGACUACACAAAGACUCCCGGCCCUGCAGCGUAUGAAGCUGUGGAUCCCAAGAUCUACCUGCGCAAGUCUCCUCAGUACAGCAUGCCGGGCCGCAAGUUUGCGCCAAUUAACGCCACGGCCACACCAGCACCCGGCGUCUACUGUCCCGAAAAGGUCACGACCGUCCACUCCAAAGCUCCAGCCUUCACCUUCGGACUACGCCACUCGCAGUACACCAUCUGCCCCAUUAUGGACGUGGACAAGUAUCAGCAGUCAUUUUCCUUCCUUUGAACUGAGAGGGCUUCUUCUACUGGUGACAUUUGCAAGGUUCCAGCGCACCAGGACGUUUGAGGCUGGCGGAUGUUCUUUCCGCACCUUCACAAACUACAAACUGUGACUCUUCACUUGGCUCGAUGGUGUCGGGACAAUUUUUUUUUUAUUGUACAAUAUUUUUGAUGGGGGGGGGGGGUGUUAUUUUCUAGUACAGUUAAAUGUAUUUGUGCCCUGGUGAAAUUGUCAUUACAUGUUUGUUUCCUUUUUGCUGGAAGUACAACAGUGACAGAAAAUGUAGUUUUCAAUUUGCUGUCGUCCUUUGAUCGACAAACCUCACACACACACACAAUCUUGUCAACUAGGACUAUUUCACAAUGGAAAAAAAAAUCAACGGCAAAUAGUUGUCAUGAAUACUCGGCUGUGUCGUUUCCAGCUAAAAAGACAAAUAUAUAUACAUACAUAUAUAUAUAUAUAUAUAUAUAU